AUGACAGCAAACCAUGCUCAGAGGCAGCAAAUGUGCAACAGCAGCUACCCCAACAAGUUCCUCCUCCUGACAUUUGCAGACACACGCGAGCUGCAGCUCCUGCACUUUGGGCUCUUCCUGGGCAUCUACCUGGCUGCCCUCCUGGGCAACGGCCUCAUCCUCACAGCCAUAGCCUGCGACCACCGCCUCCGUACCCCUAUGUACUUCUUCCUCCUCAACCUUGCCCUCCUCGACCUGGGCUCCAUCUCCAUCACUGUCCCCAAAGCCAUGGCCAACUCCCUGUGGGACACCAGAGACAUUUCUUACUCAAGUUGUGCUGCUCAGGUGUUUUUCGUUUUCUUUUUCAUCACAGCAGAGUUUUAUCUUCUCAUCAUCAUGGCCUAUGACCGCUACAUUGCCAUCUGCAAACCUCUUCAUUAUGGGACAAUAAUGGACAGCAGGACUUGUGUCAAUAUGGCAGCAGCCACCUGGAGCAGCACUUUUCUCUAUGCUGUGCUGCACACUGCCAAUACCUUUUCCCUUCCCCUCUGCCAAGGCAAUGUCCUGGACCAGUUCUUCUGUGAAAUUCCCCAGAUCCUCAAGCUCUCUUGCUCAGAUGCCUACCUCAGAGAAGUUGGGCUUCUUCUGGUUAGUACUGUUUUGGCAUUUGGAUGUUUUGUUUUCCUUGUGCUGUCCUAUGUGCAGAUCUUCAGGGCUGUGCUGAGGAUCCCCUCUGAGCAGGGCCGGCACAAAGCCUUUUCCACAUGCCUCCCUCACCUGGCUGUGGUCUCCCUGUUCAUCAGCACUGGCACAUUUUCCUACCUGAAGCCCCCCUCCAUGUCCUCCUCAUCCCUGAAUCUUUUGCUGGCCGUUCUGUAUUCGGUGUUGCCUCCAACACUGAACCCCCUCAUCUACAGCAUGAGGAACCAGGAGCUGAAAGAUGGGGUGUGGAAAGUGAUGAAUGGAUGUUUGUUGGAAGGAAUCAACUGCCUGUCUUAG